AUGAAUAGUAUCUAAAUAGAAUAAUUACAUUAAAAGCAGAAAGUGAUUUAGCUUACAAUGAUUCAAAGCGAUAAGAGAUUAGUUAAUUAUUGCUAACUAAAUAUCAAAAUAUAGGUUGAUGAAUAGAUUUAUAAGGAGUUAAACUUUAUAAAACAUCAGAUUGAGAAUGUUAAAAAUGAAUUAAAAAGUAUAGACUUUAUUUAUUUUUAGCUAUGUGAUAGUGUAAGUUCGGGCAAAAAUAGAAUAGAUAAUCCUUUGAUUAAAAGUUCCAAAAAUCUAGAAAAUAUGUAUUAAAAAUUGUCUCAUUUGUAAACAAAUAAUUCUGUGAAACAUACUUCAAAAAUUAGGAAUGCCAGCACUUAAGCUGUUGAAAAAUAACAAAAUCGGAGCCCAAUAUCUUAAAAGAAUCAUAAAAUAACCAAUUCAUUCAUUAAAUGGAAAAAAUGCUCAAUAAUAAAAAAAAAGGGAAAUUACCAAAAAUAAUAUAUUUAUUAGGGCUCAUCUAAUGAUUGUCCAUUCUGCUUAUUCUCAAGAUUAAUUAAUUCUUCAAUGUCAAAAAUUAAUUGGUAAGAAUAAAAUUUGAGUAAAUCAGGAGGUUAAACACAGAAAUAAUUUACCUCUAAAAUUUAUAUGUUCAAAAUAAUCUCAUGA